UCUAAGGGACACAUCUGGUUGGUAGGGUAUCUUUAGGGACAAUUCGCCGCUACAGCGUAGCCUCCGGAUCCCUUUGUGGCUAUACAGAGCUAGCAUUGAGUUUUGCCUUACACCUCUCAGGGUUGUCGAGAUUGGUUCCUAUGGAGCUAUUAGGAUGAUGACUAUGGUCGGGGUUUUGGCCUUGGUUGGCUCUUCGGUACAUGCAACGAUUGCCGAGGUCUCUCCUGCUCUUACUUAUCUCUGACUUCAAUGUCGUUCUAAUGGAGGUUGGUUUGCGCGGUGCUGCAUCUGGCUUCAGUGAGGAUGUUUUUAGGGUGUUGGUUCUGUUUCUUCAAAUGGGGCUUCACCUAGCAUAGGGUUUCAGAUGGGGUCAGGCUUUGGACCUAUAUCUUGUGGGCUAUGGGGGCCUAAUCUACUUGUUGAUUGUUUACUUUUUGCCCAUGUAAUGUUUUAAUUAUUAACAUAAUUUAUCUUCAGGAAAAAAGAACUUUAUCUUUAGAGAUUUUAACUUUUAUUUUUCAGCUCAUCAAUUUCAUAAUUAAAAAGAUUUUAUAUUUAAAACCUUCAGAUAUCUUAAUACUAUAUUUAGAAGGAGGUUUCUUCAGAAUUUUUAAAUUAAUGAGUUUAUUUGGGAAUAAAUUUGGUGAAUUCUUUUACGGGAAUGGAAGGUUAGGAAAUGAAUUUAGAGGUUUUUUUGUUUUCUCUAAUUCGAUCUGGUGGAUUUAUAAGAGUCAGACAGUCAUGUUUAAGAGCAUUUUCAGUAUUGUUUUGCUAAUUCAGACAAAUUGUUAGAACGAAUUCUCUUUUGUAAUAGACAACAGAUUUUUACAAUUUGAUUUGAAAAUUUUGCAAAUGGCUAUUUAUUAUCUAACUUAAUUUCUUGUCAGCUACAUUUGGUAGCUGUGCGCAAUAGUAAUGCUAAGCAUGUCCUAAUUAUGCUCUACUAGGAAAAUGGCUUUGGAAGGGCCAAUGCAUGAUUUCGGUUGUUAGAGAUGAUCAUGGGAUGGGACUUUGAAGGGCAUCAUAAAUGGGCUGAGCAUAUUUGUUAACUUUGUAGAUUUUCUUGCUGGUCAUGGGGUAGAAUUAGAUACCCUAAACAUGUUUGGAGAUUUAGUAUUUCCUUGCUCAGGAUAAGAAAUGCAGUGCUGUGCUGUUAAAUUAUAUGGAAUUGCUACUGGUGAGCACAAUACUGGGAACUGCAAGUAGCCAUUUUUUUUAAAUAAAUGAAAAAAAAGAAAGCUCUACUCUGUGAAGCUAAGGGGCAAUGAAUCUUGGAUUCAUUGUGAUUUUGAUCUCACUCCAUAGAUUUCAUGGAUUUCUAGGCAGAUUCUCCCUUUGGCAAUGUGUUGUGUAACUAAGUUUAUGCAUAGCAGCAACACUAAAAUGCCAGGUAGUUUGAGAAGAUGGUUUUGGAUGCAUAAAUUUGGAGUUUUUUUUUGGACGAUAUAACACUUCUGAAAGUUUGAGGUAAUGGAGCUCCUGUUGCUAGGUUAAAGUUUUUCUUACCGUCUUUAUGCAUCUGUGUAUUGUCUUAUCAUUGCAUUUAGCAAUUUUGGAUUGCCUAAACUGUAAAUGGAUAUUUUUAAAAAGGAAAAAAUGCCCUUGGUGCUCCUUAUUGUAUAUGUUUCACAUUCUUGAGUGGCGCCUCUAUUUUUUUUUUAUAAUACAGUGCAACUCACUAUAUAAAAUGGAACUGCUUAAACUCUGAAAAACGGAUCAUUUGAUAAUAGUUAUCACAAUAUAUCCAUUUUGGUGCCUGAUCACACUUGCCAAUAGAAAGAAAAGCAUAUAUUAUUGCAUCAGUUUGCAUUUUCUUGUAGCAUCCCUAUCAACGCAAAAUUUCUUGGCAUUGCAUUCAUCAUGAUAUUGGACUGUGUUGUUUUAUCAGGGUUGCAAUCUAGCUGCACAAAGGGAUAAUAGCGGGUUCUUUUUCUUGGAUAUGCUUACACUACGGUGUCCGGGUGAGAAAAUCAGGAAUCCUUUCGAAUUGUAUUCUUGGCGAGAUGGAAAUGAGGAAAAGAGUGAAGGUGGAUUUGCUGCAUUGUAUGGAAAAAUACAAAAGAGUAUGCGUGCCCUACCUGAAAACUACAAGAACCAUGUGACCAUCACGAUAGAUGAUGUAUCUCGCAUGGAGGUGGCUGCUUAUGGCUUUUCAGAUCAUAUCUUAGACUUUCUGCAUUAUUGCCACACUCUAACAUCAGAUUUUGGUUGUUCAUUAGUAAUACUUAAUCAUGAGGAUAUACAUUCAGACAUGGAGAGGUUCAUGUUACAAAUGGAGUACCUUGCAGAUAUUUUGAUAGAGACAGAACCUUUGGCCACUGGUUUGGCAGCUGAUGUGCAUGGGCAGUUGACAGUUUUGAACACAGGAAUUUGCAGUGGGAAUGGGAACAAGAUAAGCAAUGGGAACUUAAAGAACUAAGUUGACUUGAACUUAGUAGUUGAAUGCAAUCCUGGAAUUCAUUGAAGUUUGGGUAUCAAUGGUUAAUCUUCAUCUCAGAACUAUCAAGCAUUGAAGUCAUUGUACACUGAUAUUGACGCUUUUUAUGCAUGAAAUGAAACGAAUGAAAGUUUAGUGUUUGUAGAAGGAAUAGAUUUGCUUGGAGAAUAGAAGUGUUGGCUUGCUCUUCUUUAUCAUUUGUUCUCUUGGAUGUCACUAUGGUGCUAAACAAGCAGGCAGUCACGUCAUUGUAUACAAUUCAAUUAAAUAUAUUAUGAUUUACACAAAUCUUGUAAUGAGCAAAACAGUUUUAAAAUCCCAUAUGGAGUCUCCGUUGGGGCCUGUUAAGUAUC